AUGACAGAAGUUUCAUCACCAUCAAGUAGAAAAGUCGAUGAUUUUUUAUCUAGCUUAUCUCAAUUAUCUCAAGAAAGAUUAAAUGAAGAUCGUCAAAGACAGAGAGAUUUACAAAAGAAUAUUGAUGAAUUACAAUCGAGACUGCAAAAUAAUUCUUCCACCUACAAAUCACAGAAGCAUUUGGGCAAUUCAACAAGAUCACUGUAUCAAUUAGAUAUACCAGACUUGAAAUUCAAUAGAAAUAAGCUAAAGAAUGAUGAUGAUGAAGAACCCCCAAAACUACCAAGAAGAAAGGAUGACACACCACCAACCCUACCCAAAAGAAAAAGUGAUCAACCACCAACAUUACCAAAAAGAAAACCAGACUUAAAUUCAAUUGGAUUACUACAACCAAUAUCAAGAAAAGAUACUUCUUUAAAACCGGAAAAACUACACACGCCAGUAAAACCUACAAAACUAAAAACACCAGAAAAACCUACGAAUUUAAAAACACCAGAAAAACCAACAAAUUUCAGAGCAGGAUCAUUUCGAGACAUGGAACAGCGUAUAAAAUCAGGUGAUUCAAAUACUGUAUCGCUAGAAAAUGCCCUCAAACCUACAAAAUUAUCAGAAUCCACCUCUAAACCAAUAACAAAACCAAAACCGAAACAUCUACAAGAAGAACCAGAAUUUUUAUCAAAAUUUCAACAACUAAAAACUUCAAAAAGGGACCCACCUCAAUUAAAGCCAAAACCCAAGCCACCAGUAUCCGAAGCAAUAGAUUUUAAAACAAGUCUAAAGCCCUUAAAACCAGCAUCAAAACCCAAAUCAGAAACUUUAGAGUUUCAAACGAAAUUAAAAGAAAUUGAAUCACCCAAUAAAAAACCUCAACUAAUUACUACAAAAUCAUCAAAAUUUAAAUCAGACUAUGAGGAAAAAGAUAGUGAAGAAUUAAGAAUUCAAUUACAGAAAAUGGCUGCAAAAAAAAAUGAAAAGCAAUUAACUCCAGAAAUUAAAGAGGAAAAAAAGUCAGCAAUUAAACCAGAAACAAAAGACAAAAGCAAAACCAUCCCUACUACCCCAGAAAUGAAAAAAAUCAAAACUACCCCAGAGAAAAAACCUAAACCACCAAUUAAACCAUUGAAAAAAGCAUCAUCAAAUCUCGAAAACUCCGUAAAUUUAUCAUUUGAAGAUAAAUUAGGUGCAAUUUUAUCGAGAUCACAAACUUUCCCACAAUCAGCUUCAUCAACAACCGCAUCAGAUACGUUAACUACAACAAAAUUCAAGAACAAAUCAACUUCAGAAUUAACUCAUGUGACUAAAACAAGAGCAAAAGGUCCGAAACGUAAAUUACCUAAAAAUUUGAAUAAACAGCAACAACCAAAAGAGACUUUAGUGAGUAAAAAACCACCACCAAUAAAACAAAAACCAAAAGAAAUCAAAGUCAAACCAAGAGUUAUUAGUGGUGAAGUAUUUAUUUAA